GGCGCGCAAAUUUGUAAACAGUUCGGUUCAUGUUUUAGUUUACAGUUUGAACGACCUGGUUAAGGUUGUUACAUUUUUGUUAUUCGAAAUCAAUCAACAAUCACACAAAAUGGAACCCGACGAGCUGGAGUUUAUCGGUGAAAACGCCACCAUCGGUGUGAUUCCCAACUUCAACCACGAUCCGAUCUAUCUGAUCUCGGGAGCGGUGGGACCGUUCCGUGGAGGUCAACCGCUGCACAUCCCACUGUGGCUUGCGAUGCACCUGAGGCAGCAGCAAAAGUGCCGCAUCGUUCCCCCGGUCUGGAUGGACGUCACGCUGCUGGAGAACCUGAAGGAAGAGGAGAAGCGGUCCCGGAACUUCACCAAAAUGCCCAGCGAGCACUACAUGGUGGAGGCCAAGCUGGUCCUGAACACGGCCCCCGAGGACGUGCCGCAGUCGGACGAGAUCAAGACGCUGAUCAAGGACAUCUGGGACAUUCGGUGCGCCAAGCUGCGCACCACGACGGACAUGUUCCUCAAAGGCGAGGGCGAAAUGGUCAGGCUGGACAACGUGAGCAUCGUGGAGCUGCACACCAUCCGGCCGUUUCUGCCGCACGCGAUGGACCUGCUGGAGCGCAUCCAGCAGGCCAAGAAGGGCACCCGGGGCAACGCGACGGUGCGCGACCACUCGCUGCUGGUGACCAGCUUAACCGGGUCGCACUCGCGGCAUUGAGAAGGCUGGUGUUAUUACUUUUUAGUUGUGAUUUCAUUUUGAUUAGUUCAAGAUUAGUCUGAUAAGGUUUUUGUUUUAAGAAGUAAUAAAGUUAAAUUGGUUAAAUAAUAACUCAGCGAAAA